GGACCUGGAGCUGCCGGCAGCGCUUGUGGGGCUGGAGCAGGAUCGAAGCCCCUGGCUGUGGAUGGCCACAUGCCCCUGUGGAGAAGAAAGUCCUUCUGGCUGGCACUGUCAGUCUUCUGGCUCCUCCUCAUCUUCCUGGGACUCUUCCCGCUUCGCCUGGCAGUGCCACCCAGGCCGCUUCCAGGGCGCUCCCAAGGCUGGCCCCGCUGGCUGGAUGCUGCCUUCCUCCGGAGUUUCUUCCAACCUGAGGCACUCCCAGAAGAUGGCCCGCAGCUUCGUCAAGCUCCUCGGGGGAGCAGCUGCACCUGGGGAGCCUGCUUCGACACCUCCAAAUGUAAGGGAAAUCUUCUCAAGAUCUUUGUGCACUCUUCAGCUGGACCAACCGCUGAGGCUCAUCGCAGGAUCCUGGACUCCUUGGAAGGCUCCCGAUACUAUGCACUUAGCCCAGCAGAAGCUUGCCUCCACCUCUUCCUCCCCAGCCAGGACCAUAGAGGAGCCUGUGGGCCCCUGCCUCCGUACUGGAAUGGGGGCCGGAACCAUCUGGUCCUCAGUCUGUACCCAGCUCCCUGCACCAGGCUGGGACAGGCGAUGGUAGCUGAGGCCAGCCCCUCCUCGGACAUCUUCAGACCAGGCUUCGAUGUAGCGCUCCCAUAUCUUCCUGAAGCUCACCCACUGCGAGGUGGGGUCCCUGGUCAGCUGCGGCAGCAUAGUCCCCAGCCUGGGGCCACUCUACUGGCCGUAGCAGAGGAGAAGGGUGGUUGGCGCACCCAUGCCUCAGCCUGCCCUUGGGACAGGCACUGUGAACAAGACCCUGGACCCCAGCAGACCCACCCAGGAGAAACACUACCCAAUGCCACCUUCUGCCUCAUUCCUGGCCACCGAUCUGCUGCCUCCUGCUUCCUCCAAGCCCUUCAGGCCGGCUGUAUCCCUGUGCUCCUUAGCCCGCGCUGGGAGCUGCCUUUCUCCGAAGUCAUCGACUGGACCAAGGCAGCCAUCAUUGCUGAUGAGAGGCUCCCGCUGCAGGUCCUGACUGCCCUCCGUGAAAUGCUCCCUUCGCGGAUUCUCUCCCUGCGUCAGCAGACCCAGUUUCUGUGGACCGCCUACUUCUCUUCAGUGGAAAAAGUCGUCCACACCACACUAGAGAUCAUUCAGGACAGGAUCUGGGGUGCAUCAGGUCGCCCCUCACUGAUGUGGAACAGCCCCCCGGGGGCACUCCUGGCUCUCCCUACUUUUUCCACGAGCCUGAAGGACUUCCCCUUUUAUCACCUGCAACAGGGCUCCAGCCCUGAGAGCAGUUUCAGUGCCCUGAUCUGGGUGGGGGUCUCUGGCGAGCCCCUGCUGAAGCUUAUCCAGGUGGUGGCAGGUUCCCGGCACUGUGCCCAGAUCCUGAUCCUCUGGAGCAGUGAGGAGCCACCCCCUGACAGGUGGCCUGAGACAACAGUGCCCUUGGCAGUCAUCGAGGGGCACAGGAAGGCCAGCGAUCGAUUCUUCCCGUACGACAACAUCAGCACCAAUGCCAUCCUCAGCCUCGAUGUCCACAGCACUCUUUCUACCAGUGAGGUGGACUUUGCCUUUGCGGUGUGGCAGAGCUUCCCUGAGCGGAUGGUCGGCUUUCUGACGAGAAACCACUUCUGGAACGAGGCCCAGGGUGUCUGGGGCUACAGUACUGAGCUGGCCAAUGAAUUCUCCAUGGCCUUCACUACGGCUGCCUUCUACCACAGGUACUACCACACCCUCUUCACCCACUCCCUGACUAAGGCCCUGAGGACCCUGGUAGACGACACGCCUGCCUGUGUGGACGUCCUGAUGAAUUUCCUGGUAGCAACUGUCACCAGGCUGCCCCCUAUCAAGGUGCCUUACGGCAGGCAGCGCCAGGACGCCGCUCCGCUGGUCGCUGAGGGACCGGGGCCCAGACCCGAGCCUCAGCCUUUGGCUCAGGACUGCAUCAACCAUGUGGCAACAAGGUUCGGCCACAUGCCUCUGGUGUCCUCUCGAGUGCGAAUGGACCCGGUGCUGUUCAAGGACCCGGUGUCCGUGCAACGCAAGAAGUACCGCAGUCUAGAGAAACCCUAGGUAAAGCGCUGCACCAGCCUGCUGGGCAGGAGACAACCAAUCAAAACUUUUUACGGAUAAAAGUCACGUCUGGGUUGGCCGGGCACUACAGGGCGCCCUGAGGGGCGGGGUCUCCCCCUGGCUGAGGCGAAUCUGCGUUUGGCACAGGCCGGGGCACAAGCCGAUCCCGGUCCCAGAAAUGCCUUUCUCUGUAUCUCUGCCUGAUCCAUUCCUAACCCGCAUGCCCACUCACCUCCUUGGUGGUUCGAAGCCCUGGCACUGUUCACACUGAGUGCUUGUGCACACCGCCGGGCUUCAGGACGGGCCUGGGAGCUCCGGAGGGCGGAUCUUGCCCUCCUCUCUUUGGUCUGGCAGGUGCAUCGUAAGUUUUUUAUUUUUUAUUUUUAUUUUUUAUUUUUUUUGAGACAGGGUUUCAGUUGUAGCCCUGGCUAUCCUGAAACUAGCUUUGUAGACCAGGCUGUUCUCAAACUCAUAAAGAUCCGUCUGCCUCUGCCUUCCGAGUGCUGGGAUUAAAAGGUGUGCGCCACCACCGCCUCGCUCAUCGUAAAUAUUUGACCUAUAGUUACAAGAGUAUUAACUGGAUGUCAUCGUUGUGGAAAGUGGGCAGGCAGAGUGUGGAAGAGACAAAACUCCAUCCCCUGCUCUGGGGUUCUUAGUCCACGAAGAAAGCAGACAUCCGUAGACACCAGGGUUGCCAGGCUCAAUCAAGAGUAAGCAAAAAAGCCAGGACUCAGGAAUAACUGGAGAAUUUAGGGUAUUGUGUGCCAGAGAUGGCAGAUGCUGGUCUCUGGAGCAACCAAACUGGCCGUACUGCACUACCAACCUUGACCACUAAAGGUCAGCUGCACUACUCUCCCUUCAAAGGAAUGGAGUUUGGUGUUUGGUUUUGCUUUCUUGAUUUUUCUUUUCUUUCGUUUUUUCAAGACAGGGUUUCUCUGUAUAGUCCUGUCUGUCCUGAACUCAUUCAGUAGACAAGGCUAGCCUCGAACUCACAGAGAUCCACUUGCCUCUGCUUUCCAGAGAGCUAGGAUUAAAAGUGUUCGCCCUUA